AUGAGCACACAUAAUCUGCCAUGGCAAAGAACUCAUCCGGAUUUCGGAUCAUUCUGCAACAUUGUUAUUGAAGCGGUUAUGAAAAGUUGGGAAGACUAUUACACAACGGCACAGUAUGACGAGAAGUUCCUUUGGCCAAGAGAAUUCACCCAAUGCAAGACCGAUUUCGAGCGCGUUUGUGUCCUGUUGCAGUUCCCAGAAGUGAGAAAUUUCAAGUUUCAAACAGGUUUGGUGCCCUUGGUUGUGUCUGGUCACCUUUAUCUUGCACCCCACAAGGUGCUCCUAUACGACCAAGCGCCUCAAACGGCUUCCGCUGAAGAAGCCCUACUCACUGCGCUCUCGUGGCGGAGAUGUUUCUCCAUCAAAGUGAUGGGACAAAAAGACAACAUCCGGCCGUGCAACUAUCCAAAACGUAAUCGGUAUCGGCUGUAUAUACGUCGUGCGGAAUGCUUGAUCGAACUGGGACGGGUGGAGGAAGCCAAAGCUGAGCUGAUCGAGCUUCAAAACCACCUGGAAAAUACCCCUAAUAAGCGUGCGGUUAACGAUAUCAUUGAGCGGAACCUGUCUCUCUGUGCGAACAUAUUGAAUGGAUUAUAUUCCCCGUCAAAUAGUGAUUACGAUCUGUCUGAUCAUAAAGAUUAUUUCGGAGAGCUUCCGGAGUCUAAAUCGUUGCAAAAGCGGCGACAUGCAAGAAAAUCUCCUCCGGUGCGUUCAUUGCCGUUCGAGAUCAUCUACAAUGGGAGAAAACUUGGUUGGGGAUUGAGUGCUACGCGAGAUAUCCAACCAGGUUAG